AUGUGGUCCCUACCAGCUGCCUUCCCUCCUCUCCUGCUGCUCCUGCUGCUGGGCCAGACCCCUCCCAGCAGGCUGCAGUCACUGAGCACCAUGAAGCUACGGCUGGUGGGCCCAGGGAGCAGGCCGGAGGAGGGCCGCCUGGAGGUGCUGCACCAGGGCCAGUGGGGCACCGUGUGUGAUGACGACUUUGCGCUUCAGGAGGCCACGGUGGCCUGCCGCCAGCUGGGCUUUGAAGCCGCCUUGACCUGGGCCCACAGCGCCAAGUAUGGCCCAGGGGAGGGACCCAUCUGGCUGGACAACGUUCACUGUGUGGGCACAGAGAGCUCCCUGGACCAGUGCAGGUCUAAUGGCUGGGGCGUCAGUGACUGCAGCCACUCGGAGGACGUCGGGGUGGUGUGCCACCCGCAGCGCCAGCGUGGCUACCUUUCUGAGAGGGUCUCCAAUGCCCUUGGGCCCCAGGGCCGGCGGCUGGAGGAGGUGCGGCUCAAGCCCAUCCUUGCCAGUGCCAAGAGGCAGAGCCUGGUGACCGAGGGAGCUGUGGAGGUGAAGUACGAGGGCCACUGGCGGCAGGUGUGUGACCAGGGCUGGACCAGGAACAACAGCAGGGUGGUGUGCGGGAUGCUGGGCUUCCCCAGCGAGGCACCUGUCGUCAGCCACUACUACAGGAAAGUCUGGAAUUCGAAGAUGAAGGAUCCCAAGUCUAGACUGAAGAGCCUGACAAAGAAGAAUUCCUUCUGGAUCCACCGGGUCAACUGCCUGGGAACAGAGCCCCACAUGGCCAACUGCCAGGUGCAGGUGGCACCAGCCCAGGGCAAGCUGCGGCCGGCCUGCCCGGGGGGCAUGCACGCUGUGGUCAGCUGUGUGGCAGGGCCCCGCUUCCGCCCUCUGAAGGAGAAGCCCGGGAGCAAGGAGUCCUGGGCAGAGGAGACGAGGGUGCGCCUCCGCUCGGGGGCCCAGGUGGGCGAGGGCCGGGUGGAGGUGCUCAGGAACCGCCGGUGGGGCACAGUCUGCGACCACGGGUGGAACCUCCUCUCCGCCAGCGUCGUGUGUCGUCAGCUCGGCUUCGGCUCUGCUCGGGAGGCCCUCUUUGGGGCCCAGCUGGGCCAAGCGCUGGGGCCCAUCCACCUGAGUGAGGUGCGCUGCGGGGGAUAUGAGCGGACCCUCAGUGACUGCCCCUCCCUGGAAGGCUCCCAGAGUGGUUGCCAGCAUGACAAUGAUGCUGCCGUGAGAUGCAACAUCCCUAACUUGGGCUUCCAGGAUCAGGUGCGCUUGGCCGGCGGACGCAGCCCCGAGGAGGGGGUGGUGGAGGUGCAGGUGGACGUGAACGGGGUCCAGCGCUGGGGGGCCGUGUGCAGCGACCACUGGGGCCUCAGCGAAGCCAUGGUGGCCUGCCGACAGCUUGGUCUGGGCUUUGCCAACCAUGCCAUCAAGGACACCUGGUACUGGCAGGGGACGCCGGGGGCCAGAGAACUGGUGAUGAGCGGGGUGCACUGCUCAGGCACAGAGCUGGCCUUGCAGCAGUGCCAAAGGCACGGGCCGGUGCACUGCUCCCACGGUGCAGGGCACUUCUCAGCCGGAGUCUCCUGCACAGACAGUGCUGCAGACCUCGUGCUGAACGCCCAGCUAGUGCAGGAGACGGCCUACCUGGAGGACCGCCCGCUCAGCCAGCUGUACUGUGCCCAUGAAGAGAACUGCCUCUCCCGGUCCGCUGACCGCAUGGACUGGCCCUACGGACACCGGCGCCUCUUGCGCUUCUCCUCACAGAUCCACAACCUGGGCCGGGCCGACUUUCGUCCCAAGACAGGACGCCACAGCUGGAUUUGGCACCAGUGCCACAGGCACUACCACAGCAUUGAGGUCUUCACCCACUAUGACCUGCUCACUCUCAAUGGCUCCAAGGUGGCUGAGGGGCACAAGGCCAGCUUCUGUCUAGAGGACACAAGUUGCCCUACAGGAAUGCAGAGGCGCUACGCAUGUGCCAACUUUGGGGAACAGGGAGUGACCGUUGGCUGCUGGGACACCUACCGACAUGACAUUGAUUGCCAGUGGGUGGAUAUCACAGACGUGGGCCCUGGGGAUUAUAUCUUCCAGGUGGUUGUGAACCCCAAGCUCGAGGUGGCAGAGUCCGAUUUCUCGAACAACGUGAUGCGGUGCCGCUGCAAAUACGACGGGCAACGGGUCUGGCUGCACGACUGCCACACAGGGGACGCACACCGAGCUAACACAGAGCACUCCCCGGAACAGGAGCAGCGUCUCAGGAACAACCUCAUCUGAAGGCACCCCUGCGCACCCCCAGCUGCUGCCCACACACCAGAUACCUCAGCUUAUUGGAGCCAUGCCCUUCACAGAGCCCUAACUCAGAGGGUAAGGGGCCAGUGCCAAGGGGCACCAAGAACCAGCUCAGGAAGCCUUCUGAUGGCAAGAUCACCACACCAGGGCGGCACUGCUCCCUCAGGAUGGCUCUGGGUCUAUCCCCUGAGGGCCUUUGGUCUCUGGACUAUGGCCUUUGGGCUUUGUUCAGCUGAGCUCCUCUUCCAUAGGAGACCCAGUCCUUCCCGGAUCUUGCCCCAGAGUUCAUGGUUCAAGAGCUAUCAGUUCCUUAGGAAUGGACUGUGGCCCAGUCCCCCAUCUAAAUGGUGCUUUGCAAAUGUCUUGGAGGAGGACCGAAAUACACAGGAGGAGAGGUCAGCUCUCUGCUAGGAGCUCUGUGCAACACAACUUGUAUCAAAGUCACAACUGGCAAAGAAGCUGGUGAAUUCAGUCCCUUGCUUGAUAGGUCCGCAUUUAGGAUUCAGCUACCAUGCUCUCUAGAGUCUGGUCUUUAGUGCCCUUACCUUUAUCCUACAGCACAUAUGGGUGUUUCUAAUAUCCCUGGAAGCUUAGGCCUCAGGCAUCCCCUUAUCUCCUGACGGGCCCAAACCACCAGUUACUGAGUGCUUGAGACGGGGCAAGAUUCACAGGAGUGGCCAGAUAUGGCCUUCCCGCAGAGCAGCAAGAGGAGGUCGAACAGAAAGAGUCCCGGGGUGCUGUGGACCCCAGCUGCUGCCAGGCCCUCUGCCAAGGGAAGAACACUUGUCCUGACCCCGGCAGGCAAGGUCACUGUGCGCCUCAGGACCGGCCUAAAGGUCGGGUCCCCCAGGCUUCUGGAGUGAAUUUUGCAUUGAAUAAAGUUUUGCAGUGGAAAGAACAUGGGUCAAACAGGCCGCUCAUCUCUGCAGGAAAAAGAAGACAGGUCUGGUAGAGUGGAGGACAGGAGACUACGGAGAGGUCAGAAGGGGAACAUUUAAUUUAGUUAAGGACUAAACCUAGGAAAGGCCACCAUCCCUGCUUGACCUGGCUGUUGGCAAGCCCUUGCUCAGAUGGUAUAAAAUCCCAUGGUCUUCCUGGACAUGAUUCUUAAUCCUGUCUCCACUAAGACACACUUGAGAGAUGAUCCUUACAGGUCUGAUGCCCUAAUGCCAAUAAAGGUUGCUCACUAUGGACUGCUACAAA